AUGCUGGGCGCUGCGAACAUCUACCUCCCCUCGGGCGCGGGCGAGGGUCCACGUCUUCCUGACCGUGCCGGGGGGGAACCUUUGUCUCGCCUCCGCCUCCCCGCGACGGGCUCAUCCGAACCGGGACCACCCCCCUCCACGCCCCGCGUGUGCGCGAUCGGCCCGCGGAGGUUAAACAAAGCCCCGCGGCGCUGGCGGGGGGCGCGGGCUGCCCGGACGGCGGGGCCCGGGGCGCGGCGCGGGGAGCGGCCCCCGAGCUCCCACAAUCGCGCGGGUCCCGUCGGUCCCGGAGGAGCCCGCCCGCCCCCGCCCCCCGCCGCCCGGCUCGGGGACUCACCUGAGGUCCCCGCGGGCGCCCCGCAGCCGCGCGCACCCGCCACCGCAGCGGCCCCAGCCGCGGCCUCCGCUGCGCCGCCCGCCGUCGCCUCCGCCGCUGCCGCCGCCGCCGCGCGGCACUGCGCCCCGGCCCGCGCCGCCCGGUCACAUGCUCGGACCCGCGCCGCGCCCCCCGCCGCCGCGGACGGCCCCCCGGGUGGCGGCGCGCGCCGUUACCUGCGUGGGCGCUGCUGCGUGGGCCGGGGGCGCCGGGUCCGCGGGUGUCCGCGGCGGAGGGGGCCCGCGCCGGCGUCUGGUCCCUGCACGGGCCACCCGGGCUCCGGAGCGUCGCGCCGCUGGGCCCCAACACCCCGGGAGCCCCGGACGGACGUCAAAUAA